AUGUGCCGAGGAGAGAACGUUCAAUGCAAGGAGUGCUGCCGACUCAGCAGCCGAAUCGUCCAGCUCUGCAUCCGCGGCGAGCUGAUGGCCACCUGCCCCGAAACCAUCAUCGAGGGUGUCAGUUUAGAAAAGGAAUGCUCGCACUCUCUAAUGAAUACGACAGGAUCACUUGGAGGGCUUCCAAAGCGCAACCCAUACCGCAGCCAGUCCAUCGGCCUCGGCGCUUGA